CGUCACGCAGUCAGUUGUCACAUCACAUCGUGAUAUUUUUGUGGCUCUUUUGGGUGUGUGCUUUCUUCAUGUGUGUUGUGCUACUUAUGUGGAUUAUUAGGUGAUACUAUUCUUUUUACUGGAUUGAUAUCCUAAGCCGCAAAGAUGCCGAAAUCGAUACUUGAGUAUAUAACUAGAAUGAUAAUCCCGGGGGAGGAAGACGUGAUGAACGUCCGGGUGACGACGAUGGACGCGGAGCUGGAGUUCGCGAUCCAGCAGACCACCACGGGCAAGCAGUUGUUCGACCAGGUGGUGAAGACCAUCGGGCUGCGCGAGGUCUGGUUCUUCGGACUCCAGUACACCGACUCCAAGGGCGACCUCACAUGGAUUAAGCUCUACAAGAAGGUGAUGCAACAAGACGUCAAGAAGGAGAAUCCUCUCCAGUUCAAGUUCCGCGCCAAAUUCUACCCGGAGGAUGUCGCCGACGAGAUCAUUCAGGAGAUCACGCUCAAACUCUUCUACUUACAAGUGAAGAACGGCAUCCUCUCGGAUGAGAUCUACUGCCCCCCAGAGACAUCAGUACUCCUGGCAUCGUAUGCAGUCCAAGCGCGUCACGGUGACCACAACCCAGCAGUCCACGCGCCCGGCUUCCUCACCAACGACCGGUUACUGCCACAACGUGUUACUGACCAGCACAAGAUGUCGCGCGAGGAGUGGGAGCAGAGCAUCACCAACUGGUGGCAGGAGCACCGCGGGAUGCUGCGCGAGGACGCCAUGAUGGAGUACCUCAAGAUCGCGCAGGACCUGGAGAUGUACGGCGUCAACUACUUCGAGAUCCGCAACAAGAAGAACACGGAGCUGUGGCUGGGCGUCGACGCGCUGGGACUCAACAUCUACGAGAAGGAUGACAAAUUGACCCCCAAGAUCGGCUUCCCGUGGUCGGAGAUCCGCAACAUCUCGUUCAACGAUCGCAAGUUCAUCAUCAAGCCGAUCGACAAGAAGGCGCCCGACUUCGUGUUCUUCGCGCCGCGCGUGCGCGUCAACAAGCGCAUCCUGGCGCUGUGCAUGGGCAACCACGAGCUGUACAUGCGGCGCCGCAAGCCCGACACCAUCGACGUGCAGCAGAUGAAGGCGCAGGCGCGCGAGGAGAAGCAGGCCAAGCAGGCACAGAGAGAGAAGCUACAGCUGGAGAUCGCGGCCCGCGAGCGCGCUGAGAAGAAACAACAAGAGUAUGAAGAUCGGCUAAGGCAAAUGCAAGAGGAAAUGGAACGCUCACAGGCCAACCUGCUGGAGGCGCAGGAGAUGAUCCGGCGGCUGGAGGAGCAGCUGCGGCAGCUGCAGGCCGCCAAGGAGGAGCUGGAGCAGCGCCAGAACGAGCUGCAGGCCAUGAUGCAGCGUCUCGAGGAGACCAAGAACAUGGAGGCGGCGGAGCGGCAGAAGCUGGAGGACGAGAUCCUGGCCAAGCAGGAGGAGGUGUCGCGCAUCCAGCAGGAGGUGGAGGUGAAGGACUCGGAGACGCGGCGCCUGCAGGAGGAGGUGGAGCAGGCGCGGCGCCAGCAGGACGAGGCGGCGGCGCUGCUGGCGGCCGCCACCACGCCGCAGCACCACCACCUGCAGGAGGGCGACGCGGACGCGGACGCGGGCAGCGGCUCGGAGGCGGGCGAGGAGGCGGGCGGCGGCGAGCUGGCGCGCGCGCCCGACGACCUGGUGGACCCGCUGGCCGAGCGCCGCACGCUGGCCGAGCGCUCCGAGCGCCUGCACAACCAGCUCAAGGCGCUGAAACAAGACCUGGCGCAGUCGCGCGACGAGACAAAGGAGACGGCGAUGGACAAGAUCCACCGCGAGAACGUGCGCCAGGGCCGCGACAAGUACAAGACGCUGCGAGAGAUCCGCAAGGGCAACACCAAGCGCCGCGUCGACCAGUUCGAGAACAUGUAGGCGACAGGUAACACCGCGACCGCGCACAUCCGACUACAUCCGCCGGGACGAGGCAGUACCUCGCGGGCGCCGGGACGACUCGCGGCCACGCACCGCCGGCCCCGUGCUUGACUAACGUUUAUUUAUACCGCUAACACUAAUGGAGGGGCCAACAUUAACCACCCGCCUUUAAUAAGGGUUUUUUACUAUUGUAUUAUUAAUAGAGGGGCCCGCUUCGACCCUGCUUUAAGCAUCUUUUGUACUCGCCCGUUUGUCCGAUUACCAAACAGAAUAAUUUUUUCUACCUACGUUUACUUAUUCGAUCGCGUGAACGUUAAAUACGGUUCAUAUGGUAUCGCCAGAGCGCCAUCUAGUGACAGUAAUGUUUCGCAGUAUUGUUACUAGAUAGAUGGAAAAGAUGAAGAUCUAUUACAUAUAAAUCAUAGUCAACUUUCACAAGAUCGAAUAAGUAAACAUAGGUAUAAAAUCGUACACUUUGGCAUUCCGUUCUAUUAAAAAAAAAAAAAAACUUUUUUUUUUUGUAAUUUUUUUAUAGCUUGAAUAAAUAGGUUGAAUAUUUUUUUAUGUAAGUCCAAAUAUUAUUGUGUCUAAUGCGUAAGCGCUUGCUACAUAGAUAGAUUUGUAGCAUUUUUAUACUACCAUUUUUUAAGUUAAAAGUUUCGAUUUUUAGGGAAAAAAUCGAAAUCAUUUUCUCACAGUCUUGAAAUAUAGGUUCUCGAUUUGAAUAAAUCUAAAUUUCUAUUUAUAGCAUUUCGGGUGUGAUUUUCUACUUGGCAAGCGCUUACGUUAUUGAAAUGGGAUACGUGUACAGUACCAAUUUUUAACCAGGGCUUUAUGAAAUAAUAAAAAUCUUUACCUAUUUCUCGUAAAAUAAUUAAAAGAAAAACAGCAUCACAAUAUUUAUGUCUUAUAUAUUUUAGCAGUGUGAACGUGUUAUAAAAAAAUAUUAGUCAAACACGGGGAAUUCAAUAUAAAUAAGUAUUAUAGUAUUUUUAUCAACAUUUCGUCUUCGUUUGUCUUGGAUAACGGCUUAUGUAACGUUAUUAUCUGAACGCAUGUUUUAAUUAAGUUUAUUUUUCGUGGGAAACGGAAUAUUCGUAAGAUAUUAAUUCUAUCCACUGUUAAUAACCAUAUCUUAACAAAUAAAAGUUUUCCUUAAAUAUAUUACAGACUCGGAUACAUGAGGUCUACUUUUCCAUACUUUUUAGUGUACUGUAUGGUUUUAAAAUGUAGAAAAAUAAAAUCUAUUUUUAUUGCAUUUUUUUUUUAAUAUUUUUAAGCCUACUUCACACUAAAAAGUACUGAAGAGAUUGUUUAAUUGUGAGACAGUUUAGAAACAAUGGAGUCUACAUUUUACAUUUUGGGCGUUAUUCAUAAUGUCAAACGAUGAUAUUUAUACAUAUUUAUAAGUAUAAAAACUGUAUUGAUAAUGUAUUCUUGUAUUGGCAUUAUAAAUUGUAAUGAUAUAUUUUUAUAUAUUGUAUCAUACUGUAGUUAAAUACCCUCUUUUUAUAAAAAAAAAAAAACUUAAAUGUUCUGCUGAUAUUUAUAUCAUUAAUAAUUUUUACACUUGCUAUGAGCAAACUAAAACUGUUAAAAAACUGGCAAAGCCGUAUCGCAGAUGCAGUGUAAGAACCGUUUAGGGGUAUUGGUAUUUUAAACUGCCAUACCCCUUCGUUUAGUGCGUUUAACUUGACCAUGGGGACAACUGUAAUGACCUAUAUAAAGAUAAGUACAAAAUAAAGUAUCUAUAAAAAGAAGGCAAGGAAGUUUUAACAUCACUUUCUGAAACAAUUGUAUUCAGGACAUUUAAAUAGACAUCAAUUUGUCACUGUAUUAUAACGGAAUUAGAACUAGGAAAUCAAAAAUCCGAUGCAAAGUUUGCCGAACUUUUUGCCAUUCAAACGAACGCACUGCGGUUAUUUUAUUGCUGCGCGCGGUUGCGUUAUAAAAUCUCACGCAGUUACUAAUUUAUUGAAUUCUAAAUCGCUAAAAUGGGUUUCCAAGUCUCCUUUGCGUUUAAAAACUCAGAUGCGCUAUUAGACUUGACUGCAUCUAUAAAAAAAAUUUAACUACUUUUUUAUCUAUAAAGAAAAGAACUUUUAAUUUUUUUUUAUUAAAAAUGCGGGUAAGCCGUGAAUUAAUGUCGUCUCUCGAAUGUAGCACGAGGCCUAUGAGGUCGUCGACGGUAUAUGAAUAGUUCUGUACAAUUACAGUCUUUAAUUGUAAAGGCAAUAAUUGUAGACGAUUUCACACGGCCUAACCUCAGCACCACUAAAGUGGCCUAAGACAAAACUAAAUUGAACUAAAUUAACAUAACUAUAGUCUUUUGUAUACACAUCUCUGAACGAAACUGAAAUAUAUGAUAUAAAGUAUUGCUGUCCUAUUCACACUAUCCUGUGGAAAUGGAUAGCGCUAUUUUUAAUCGUUUAGUUUUAGUUUAGCUUAAUAUUUUAUGUACAACAGAAUUGGCACCAAUAUCUAAUAGUAAUGCCAUCCUUUACAAUAUAGAACAAUAAAAAGGGUUGCAGUGUUUGUAUAUAUUUCAGUUAUAUAAAGUAAUAUUGUGGAUUUAGCUGAAUUGAAGGUUUUUCUUCAUUUUCCUUCCGGUUUUUCUUCAUUUUCCUACUAUAAAUUUUAGUAAAAAAAACCAUUUUUGUGUUAGUUAAUUAUUUUAUUGCCUACGCUAACUGGGCGUAAUGUGUGUACUGCCAAUAACAUGUAGAAUUUAGAAUACAUAUUUCCAUAGACUAAAUUGUGUAUGCAAUUUAUCGAUAUAAAGAAUAUCAAUACAUAUACAAUAAAAUCUAAUUUAGAAUAAUGAAUAGUUAGUGUAUAAGUUUCGUUUUAGGUCACAUUUAAAUAUUUCUGAAGGUGCGUUUACAUUAGUGCCAAAAAAUCGAUCACAAAAUAUUUUCUUGGUUUGUUUGAAACCGCGAAUAAAUUGCAAAAAACCGAGCGUUAGGCCGCUGUGAACCGCUGUGGGGUGAUAGCGUAGUGAUUAUUAUCGAGGUUCUUACAUGUUCUCGAACACCGUCCAGGCGAUAUCGAUGUUCUGUGUUUAUGUAAUUUGUACAAACUUGACUGUAUCCAACUUAAAGUCAAAACCUUGAAUGUCAAUUUCAAGGGUUAUAAAAUUGAAGUCUACUAGCUUAUUUUUUUACUAUUGUCAUAGCUCUUGCUAAGUCACAUAUACUUUAAACCACCUCAGGGAUAUGAGAUUAAAAUCAUUCAGCGAGAGAAUUAAUCUGAACGGCAUUUAAAAAAUGAUUAUUGUAAGAACGGUAGAAGUGUUAUUUGUACAAGUUGGAUCGACAUAGAAUAUAGCACUGUCGCGCCAAUUGUCAACUGUAUGUGAUGUAAGAAGGGUCAUAUUAGAACGGUGCUUGCAUUUUACAAAAAACGAUGGAAUCCGUCGGGCGUCGUAAUCGGGACUAUAAUUGUAAAUAUUGAUUAUUAUUAUUACUUAAUAGUAAUUUUAUUUUAGUAUAUAAUGUGCUAUAAUGAACAUAGUUUGGCAAACGUAUAGAUUGUUAACGAACUCACCCGCUGAGUACGGUUCCAAGAACUCGCUUAGUUCGUAACAACAACAUGGCACCAGCUGACGUUUCCGUACUGUACGAUCGCUAAACUGUGCUUAAAACCGAAUAUGUAUACAUCGGACCUCUUGAGGAUUAUCGAAAUGUUGAAGGCACACAGAUUCAUUAAAUUAAUAAUUAAUUAAAUAUAAUAUUAUUUGUAAGUGAUUUGGAUUUUUAUUCUAUAACUAUACUCCGUAUAAGGGACGGUAUACCUUAAAAUAUCAAUGUUAACUACAUUUGGAAGUCUCAAUAGCUUAACGGGUUAGGGGGAACGGUAAUUUGCAACUUUGUAAGCGUAUGUCAUUCCAGUAGGUUGCGCCUACUCUUGGCACAAGUUUUAAGCUUAGUAUAUGUGGAAAAGGGAAUAUUUUUAAAUGUGACUAGAUUAUAUAAAAAAAAGUUAACUUUAUAGUAAAACGUUUUUUUUUAUUUAGUUGAUAUAAUAAAAAAAACAUUGCAUCGUACACUUCCUAAAGUGCAAUACCCAAUCAUGUGAAUCGUGAAUUAAAAAAAAAAACUUCCCCGUUAAUUUUUUUAGGUGGACAAUUUUUUGGCAUACCGUGUCUUAUACAGUGUGUAAUUCGCGUUGAUCGGAAGCAUAUCUUGCGAGUCAUACAUCUAUAUAAAAUGGCGUGUGCUUUGUUUUUACUAUAUUAACUACUUUUUUUAAAUUUGUGGGAGUUAUGUUUUUAUUAAUAGAUUAUUUUGGUUCUACGAACGUUUGCGUGCGUGUCUGGGAGGCAUCGCCUUGUAUAACGAAUAUUUGUUGCAAUAGAUCUAUGUGAUGUUAUUACCCCUAAAUGGACCUAGGUCCUUUUAUAUCCAUUUGAAGUAUCAAAAAAUAGAGCACUAUUACAAAGAACUACAUUGAAUACAAAAGAUAAGUUGAUUAACCGCAUAUUUAUAUAUACUAUUUGAACUUAUGGGGUCCUACAGCGGAUUGCUCAGGGUGUAAAUUUUCAAAUAAGAAACUUAGGUAUCGAUGUGAAGUUUGUUUAUUUGAAAAUUAAUGUAUCAUUUGUUAUUGACGAUCAAACGUCAUUUUUAGACUCUUCCAUACAAAUGCGACAUAAUAAAAUAGCCACCUAUGAUUAUGGCUAGUCCAUACAAUACCAUAAACUCUGCUAAUAUACAUCACAAAAUGCUCGUCAUACAAGGCCUCAGGGAUCCAAGGACCUUAACUGUUUGCCACAAAAUUUUUGUUAUUUUAGCAAAGUGUAGUGGGUGAACGAAUAUAUAAAUUUACUAUAGUUUUGCUCAAAAGUGGAACUGUCAGGGCGGUAACACUCGCAACAUGCCACCUGACCUGCCACGGAGUCGACACCUGCGCGACACGUUUUGAGUUUUUGCUUAUACUUUGAUUCUGUAACCUUAUUUUACAACUGCGCUACGAUUGCGCUUUUACAAAUUUCAAAUUUAGAGUAAAAUCACAUAAUUUAAACUUAAAUUACCUUGUUUUAUAGCUUAAUUUGUUUACUACAACCGAAACGUUUGUUUAAAUAAAAAUCAGUAACUUAAGUUAAAUAAAAACAAGCAUCUUUAUUUUACUCAUCCCAUAAUACAUAUAAAACACGUCGCGCGUGGUCGUGUUGGGUAGCGUGUUAUAACGUGACGGUGUCUUAAGUGUCCGUAGUGUGCUUAGGGGGACGGGGGACUGAGCGACGGCCCUUAUUUGUUUUUAUAAUCAUUUAUUAUAUGCUUAGCUGUAGGAGUUUGAAUGUUGAGCAUCACAGCGUCGAGUGUUCGAAACGUGAACUUUCCACUGGAGUUUGUGAGAUAUGUCAAUAUCUUGUUAGUUUGGAAAUAAUAAGAAGGAAUAAAGAAGCGGAAUGUUAAAAAACUUACAUUAAUAUGGCUGCGCAAGGAACGGCCUGCACGUGAAUACCUCAUAAAUUAAUUGCUGAAGUUGCGUGGGGAUUAUAUGCAAAUUGACUGGCUACUCGGGUACGAUACGGUACGGUGUUGUUCGCGGAAAUGCAAUACUUCUCCGGUGUUGUAUUUAAAGCUUUUACGUUGAGUAAGAGAAAGUUGGGACCAUCUAGUUAGUUUGGAUAAGUUGGUGCUAGUUUUUUUUUAUACUGUAGCGAACACGUCAGUCAUUUAUCACAUAAAAUACUAAAUAAAUAUCAUACAACGGCAAAAUACUAAAAUUCUUUGACAGUUGUCAAUCCAUUUUUUUAUAGGUAGAUUAGCAAAUGUCAGGAAUAAUUGUAAUUCCUUACAAACUGACAGUUUUCACGCAAACUCCAAACUCUUACACUCGAGGCUGUGGCUGAGCCCUGAUAUUCUGUCAUUGAUUCAUUAAUAUCUUAGGUCAUAUAGAAUGUCAUAAAUGUCAUCUAUGACAUUCUCCAUCUCUAUUCGUCGAAAUUGUAUUCGACACCCUCUUCAAGUUGUACCUCGAAAUGUCCGUAUGUUUCGAUCUUAUCGUUAUGUAGUUGUUGUCAAUUUGGUUCGCUGCCAGUCGCCGCUCUUCUAUCGCAAUCGUGGCCUUGAUCAUUCAUUCAUAAAUUAUUAAGCUCUUUCAACAACCGUGCAGUGCCAGAGACGUAGCAGUAGUCAAAUAUAUUACUUCGGCAGAUAGUCUACUCUUCAUAUCGAUCUGGUCCAUCUGUCACUCAUGACUUGAAAUUUGUUGAAAAGUUGAAAAAAUUCCUGUUUUAAUUUGUUUAUUAAAGUUUAUAGCAACUGUUGAUUCUUUCAAACGUACGGAGCUCCCAACGAAGAAUUAAUUUUUACCUGGCCGGAUUUCGCUCACACCCGUUAUCGCAGUGUAAAAUCCCUGCCGCGUUUUUGACUCUGGACGAUUGUGACAUAUUUAACUUCAGGACAAAAUUCUAAACUGUUAUAUUAUAUCUAUUUUUUAUGCAUGUAAUAUGUGUAUAAUGUUAUUUUUAAGUGUAUUAAAGGCAUUCCAUAUAAGUGAACACAAUGCGGUGGCGUGUAAGUACUUGGUCUUUUUUUUUAAGAAUAAAUCUUGUGGAAAAGUUAUUAUAUUUUCAAAUGGUUUGUACGUGUUUGUUAAAAAUAAGUGCCAUCCGUCGCAUAUCCAUCACUGUUUGUGUGGACGCUUUCCGCGGUGCCACGGACCAUUCUCGAAUCACAUCUCCAUCUUCAUCUAGAAUAUGAUAUGUGUCUCUUUUGAUACGGAGAGCUCGAAUAAACGCCAGCAAAUUUAUUAUCUGUCCCUAGAUAAAUACAAUGAUAGUUGCUAGUCUUUGCAAGCCUGCGCAAUGUUUGUAAAACAAAUGUUUUUGUAACAUAAACUGUUCAGCACUCCUAACGGGUACAUGGGGAACUAAACUUUCUUCGUUGCGUAGAAAUAACAUGAAUAACUAAAAAUACUGGUUUAAAAAAAAACCUGAAAGUUAUGUUAAGAUAUGGAUUAGAAUCUUAAACUAAUCUUUUUAAGUUUAUUAUUUUUUUCAUCACAUUUAGCUGGGUAAUUUUAUAAUUUAUGAUGUUUUAUCAUAUCAUUAUCAUAUUUUGUCUUACAUAGGGAUGUUGUUUGUGUCAGGUCCGUACCGCCGCGGCAGGCCUCGUCUGUAUAUUUCAUCGUUGUUGUACGUACGUGUCAACAAGUAAUAUUAUAAAAUAUACAAUACCACGUUGCCUUUCACUCUAGGAUGAAAUUUUUUCCAAUAAAAUGUUUAAGUAAAAA